AAGAAUCAAGACCCAAAACAGGACAGAAUUUCACAGAUCUCACAGAAGAAAGAACACUAAAUAAGAUUCAGGAGGAAACUAAACCAGAAAUCAUUUUACUGACCCCAGAAGAGUGUUUGACAGAAGAGAAGAAAAUUAAAGAAUCAAAGAUCGAG